GGCAUAUAAAAGCGGGUCAGCCGGCGAGACGGAGCAGUGCCUCGCUCAGGCUCCGCAAGGCUUGGACCUCCCGUCACCUCCCUGCUUAGUCUCGCCUCCUCGACCGAGCGCUCGGGCGGACUCUGCCCCGCGGUAACCCAUUUCUACGCAUCCAAGCCAGCCCGCUCCGAUGGCCCGCCCGGAGACCUCGCCGCUCGUGCCGAAGCCCCGCGGGCAACUCUUCUUCCCGCUCCUGGCUCUCGUCUCCUUCGCGCUCCUCCUGCAAGGGCGCGGCGGGCGGGCGGCUUCUUUGCAGGGCGUCGACGGAGCGCCCCCGAUGGCCAAGAUCUACCCCCGAGGCAGCCACUGGGCAGUGGGGCACUUCAUGGGGAAAAAGAGUACUGGAGAUUUUCCUUACAUAUAUGAAGACCGUCAAGAGAUGCCCUUCCCUUUGCUGCCAGAUAACGCCAAACAGCUGGGCAGCUAUAUGCAGCAGGGCGAAUCCUUCAAGGAGCUGCUCAAACACAUGGAAGAGGAUGAAGAUCAAAAUACUCAGGUUCUCCGGGAAGAGCUGCCCUUUACUUCUAAGAAUGUUUGGGGGACAGAGGAAAACAGCAGCUUCAAAGAUAUGGUGGAGCUCCUGUUGCAAGUACUGGAUAAAAAGGAAAGCACUCCAAGUUGAAAUGACUGCCAUCCAGCGCUGAAAACAUAGAAUAAUGUCUUUAAGAGACUAUUGUUUCAUAAGCAUUUUAUUGUACAUGAUAACUAAAUAAUUAUCUUUUCUGUUAAAACAAGAUUUUUUCCCCCCUUCAGUGUAGAGGAACCUAUUUACUUGUUUCUCCUAACAAUGGCUACACUUCUCCAACAGCUUUUCCCCUUUCCAAGCAACGUUUUUCUCGCUUGAAUUGCUUUGUUGUACAUAAUUGUCAAUGAAGGGUCUUCCAAUUCUCUGACAAUACUUUGCCAUAUCUCUCUUCAAUCCCUGCAUCUUUUACCUUGCGAUCAUCCUGUAUUUCAAUAUCCACAAUAAAUAAAUAUAUAUAUUUAA